AUGAACAACAAGACCACUCUAUUGAGUGAAGGAUCUUCGUCUAAUGUGUUCCUAAGCGAAGAUCCCAAUUAUGUAAUUAAGGAAUAUAAAUCAUUCUACUCAAUAUAGUCAAGAAUGAAGGAAGUUCAAAUUUUAGAACUUCUCAAAAGUAAUCAUAUAGUAAAACUCAUCAUGUACACAGAUAACUACUUGGUUUUAGAAAGACUUUAAACACAUGAUUUAUUUGAAGUAGUCAAAUCUCAGAAUCUAAACACACAAAUAAUAAAGGAAAUAUGUAAGACUUUGAUCAAAAUUAUAAACUAUGUUCAUUAAAAUCAAGUAGUUCAUAGAGACAUCAAAUUAGAGAACAUUUUGAUAGAUAAAGAAGGUGGAUUAGUUUUAUGUGAUUUCGGCUUUGCAGAACUAUUAAGUAAUUGUACAGCAAAAAGAACUGUUGGUACUCUUAAUUAUAUGCCUCCUGAAUUACACUAAGAAACACUAUUGGGAGGUCAUAAUAGUGAGAAUAUAAAUACUUAAGUUCUAAUUAAGAGUGAUGUGUUUUCAUUAGGAGUUACUUUAUUUUAGUUAAUAUUGGGUUUUUUACCUUUCAAAUCAACUAAACCUAGUGCCAAUUGUAAAUUAUGGAAAUUAAUUUAAUAAAAAAAAUGGUAAUAAUAUUGGACACUCGUUUAAAAAUUGUCAAAAUAAUAAAUAGAUAUAAUCACAUAGGAUUUUCUGGAGCAAUUUCUUUAGCCAGAUUCAACUACUAGAACUACUCUAGAUAUAAUUUAUGAUCAUCCUUAUCUUUAAGAAGUAAAGGAUGAUGCACAUUUAUUUUGA